AGUCGUACUCCAACCACGAGCUCGGACUUGUUCAUGCAUCACGCCCACCGCAAUAUGCUGGCCCCUCAUUUUGAGACACGCAAGACGCGCUGCAUGAACAGGGAUUGAUUCUCGUUGUGGAAUUCUUGCCCGUUCUUGACCUCGUACAUCUGCAUGAAAUAUUGAUGGCACGGAGCUGGCUCUAUUCUUACCCUCGACAUGUCGUCUUCCAUGCUGUCCUCGAAAUCCCCCGGCCGUUCUACCAUUCACUCCUCUCGUAACGGCCAUGGCCGGAGACGUUGCGCAGGAAGCAGGCCGGGCUCGCCACAUCCUCGUUCCAAACGGCAACAGUGCCAAUAUUGGAAGACCAUCGUCGACCGCAUCGUACAUGGCGAAAGCUAGCCCCAGAGGGGCUCCAACGACCGAGAUGCCACCCCUUCGACACCACUACCGCCCUUCCAAACGCCUCCACCGUGAAGCAAAUCUUCAAAGCGAAGAGAUACUUCCGCCGGCCCCGCCAUCUCGCCGCUACUCAUCAGAGGAAAAAGCACAGCGCGAGCAUGUGCACAACACUCGAUUCCAGCGCCAGGACAAUCAAUCAGCAGAAGUCGUGCCUAAGCAUGGGAGAAAACAUCGUCUUCCGGAAAUAAUCACUCUGCACGAUGAUCGAUUCUGCGGACGUCCUGGGCACCUGCACUCGCACUUCUCCGACUCUUCUCCUGAAGCCUCGGGAGCGGAAGACGAGGAUGACAACAACGACGACGUUGACGCUAUGCUUGCCUCUGCUGCAAUCACUGGAAUUCUGCUACUGCGUGCUGCCUCCAAGCCGAAACUUGUGCACGAAGUGGUGGUUGUGUCGUCACCCACGUCACCCACCGAGGAGGGAGAGAUUUUUGAGCUGGAGUUAUGAGGGGUGCUCUGUAGAUGAUGAACUUGCGCUGACUGGCGUUUGUGUGAGGUAAUGUACCUCUGCCGCUCUCUGAAAGAAAAAGGAUCGCCUAGCUUGAUGUUGCAACGCAUAUGCUGAGGGUGUCGUGGAGUCAACACCGCUCAUUUAUC